GAAAUAUUUUCCGCCGCAUUACUUUGCACUGAUAGUAGUCGUAGGGAAAAUCACAAAGAGUCGACAAUACAAGGCAAAAAUGCAAAAGAGGAAACUGUGUCACGCCAAAGACUCUGGUCUCUUGUCUCUGGCUCUGGCCGGGCUCUGUAGUGCUCAUAAAAUGCUGCUAAUUAUCCCUAAAUAUUAAAAAAGAACUCUGAAGAACGAUAAAAUAAAAAUUAAAUUGAAAAACCAUAAAGCUUCUGAAGAAGGGCCAUGAGUUCGUGGCAGUGCGGUCCAAAAAAGCCAUUACAGUUGGUUUUAUUAUGCCUCAUUUUUACACUGUUCUGCCAUGGCGCGGAGGUGACUUCUCCCACAAAGAAAUCCGUACCCCUUCGCAUUACCAAGCCGCAGCCCACAAGCCAACAGGCUAAGCCCAGCAGUAUUACCACAAGAACUCCCACAACAGCUGCCUCCAGCACCACCGAAGAUGGAGGUUCUAGCUCGUCGGACGGACUACUGGCCCCCCUUAUUUCCUCCACGACGGAGGAAAGUGGCGGCAGUUCUGGAUCCAGUGCUCCCACCGCCAGUCUGGUGCCCGAGAUAUGUCUCAACGGUCUCCAGAUGUCCGUAAACAGUGCGGACGAGGGCACAGUAAUCCGGAAACAAGAGGAGUUCGUUCAGAUCAUAGAGGGCGAUGUCAUGCUCAGUGUUCUGACCAAGGACCCCAUUUCGGCCCUGUUUGUGAUCAAUCGAGUCAAUCAGGCCAACAUCAUAAUGGCAGACUUUGAAAUUGGAACACGCGCCAUACAUGUCGAGAACAGCAGCCUGGCCGAAAACAUCCUUCUUCAGGAGGUUCAGUACCUACAGCAGUGCACCACGUAUGCCAUGGGCAUAUUCAUGGACUUUGAGCUCUACAAACAGCUGGAGUCGGUUAUCAAGGACCUUGAGUACAACAUCUGGCCUAUACCAGGUACCAGAGCUCAUCUGUUCCCAAAAGUGGCCCACCUAUUGCAUCAAAUGCCCUGGGGAGAGAAAAUCGCCUCCGUGGAGAUUGCCACCGAAACUCUAGAGAUGUAUAAUGACUUCAUGGAGGCUGCCCGCCAGGAGCACAUGUGCCUGAUGCACUUCAAGAGCGAGGAGAACGUCUACAUCUUAUUUGGCAACAAGGUGGCCAGUCACUUCAAGGAGAACGGAACCAUAUUCGCAGUGCCCACCGAUCGAACGGAUGAUGAGUUUCUGGCGGAACUGCCGAACCGAGCCUUUAUCCUAAUGGAGAAUGAAAUCGACCUUGGAACCACCGUGGAACUGGAUCCUUCACCGACCACCCUGGACGAGGUGCUGAUCGGGAAGAGCGUAGUGCCGUCGCGGGUGCUCAGCUUUGCCGGAUCCAUUAUCGACCUAAUGAACUGGCUCCGCGGCUCCCUGGCCAAGCACUGCAAGCGGGAUGAGCAGUUGUACGUACUGGAGAGCUGCUUCAACUUCCUGAACUUCAUCGAGGACUGGCGGACAUCGGAGUUCCGGCAGAUGCACGAGAUUCCAGAGAUCUUGGCCCUGCUGGCGAUGCGCAAGCUGGGCACCGCCAUGAACUUCCAGAUGUACCAGAAGAAGGUUCUAACUCUGGGCAAGAUCACUGGCGAGUCGCGGACUGAGCUGCGCGAAAUCGCCUCCCAGAAUUUUGUGACCAACGUCACCACCUACUAUCACUACAACCGGGACAAUGGCACCAGUCUGGAGCUGAAGACAAAGUUCGGCCAGGUCUUCAACUGCCAGUACAGUGCCGGAGACAACCGCAGGUAUCCGUUCCUGUUCGACGGUGAGUCGGUGAUGUUUUGGCGCAUCAAGAUGGACACCUGGGUGGCAACUGGGCUGACGGCCGCCAUUCUCGGCCUGAUAGCCACGCUGGCCAUCCUGGUCUUCAUAGUGGUGCGCAUCUCCCUGGGGGAUGUCUUCGAAGGCAACCCAGCCACCUCGAUCCUGCUGCUCCUCUCGCUGAUCCUGGUCUUCUGCUCCUUCGUCCCCUUUUCGAUCGAGUACGUGGGCGAGCAGCGAAACUCGCAUGUGACCUUCGAGGAUGCCCAGACCUUGAACACCUUGUGCGCGGUGAGGGUAUUCAUCAUGACCCUGGUGUACUGCUUCGUCUUCUCUCUGCUCCUCUGUCGCGCCAUAAUGCUGGCUUCCAUUGGUUCCGAAGGAGGGUUCCUGUCCCACGUCAAUGGCUAUAUCCAGGCGGUAAUUUGCGCCUUCAGCGUGAUUGUCCAGGUGGGCAUGUCGGUGCAGCUUCUCGUCGUGAUGCACGUGGCCUCGGAGGCGGUUUCCUGUGAGAACAUCUAUUACGGCAGGUGGUUGUGGGGGCUCGUGGCUUACGACUUUGUGCUUCUCUGCUGCGUCGGCGCCCUGAUACCCUCGAUUUACCGAUCCCAGCGCAACUACCGCGAAGGAAUCCUAAUUGUUAUCGGAGCAGUUCUCAUCAUGGUCAUCUGGGUGGCCUGGAUAGUGCUGUCCCUCUUUGGCGACGAAUGGCGAGACGCUGCGAUUCCCCUGGGACUCCAGGCGUCCGGAUGGGCAGUGCUGGUGGGUAUCCUGAUACCCCGCACUUUCCUCAUCGUAAGGGGCAUCGAGCGGUCGGAUAUAGCUCAGGCGCUGCCCUCGCUCACCUCGCUGGCGUUUGCCCAAAAUAAUCAGUAUUCCUCGGAACAGAGCGUCUACGAGUGUGUGAAUCCCGCCAUGCGCCACUGUUCCCAGGAGGAGGUCAAUCAUCAGUCGCCCAGCGAGAUCCCCACGUUGCCCCUGCGAGGCGGCGGGCCGAGGCGCCAGCAAUUCUUUGCCAAUCUCCGCCAGGCCAACGCCAACAUAAACCCACAACGCCCUCCUCCCCGCCCACAUCAGAGUCCUUCUCGUUCUUCGGUGUCCUCGCUGCCGCCCUCACCCGAAAACAACAAGAUCACGCGCUUCUAGCCAGAGUGCCACUGGGUAUUGAUGCCUUUCUAGUCAAAGAUCUGAAAAAAGAACCCUACUUUUAAACUGUCCAUCUAUUCUUUGGAACUUGAGAUAAUAAUAAAUCGAUAAACAUUUUAAAAAUAA